CCGUCAUGGACCAGAAGUUCAGGGAAACGGACGAGCCCUAUCAGGCCCGGAUGCUGCUUCUGAUAACCGAAGCUAAGCAACGGUCGGAUGCAGUAGCAGCCACAGCAAAGAAGAAGGCAGAGGACACCGAGAAGGCAUGUCUGUUGGCAAUUGAACAACAGCGCCAGCAAAACGAGGUAGCAGCAAAGGCUGUCUAUGUAGAACGACUUCAACGACAUGAGAAGAUAUUUAGCGGAGAGCGAGCUUUGCUCACAAUGGCAGCGGAAUGGCGGGCCGAGGCUGAGAAUGGGAAGCUGGAAGAGAGUGGAAACAAGAUCGCUCUACUCCUCUCCCAUCUCACGGACCUCCUGGCCGCGUGCAUUGCACAGCAGGACAGUCACAACCUCGACGACGCAGUUCAAACAUACAGUAAGGUGUUUGACCAACUCACCAGCUGCCUCCAGCAGCUAGAACAAACCGUCGCCACCCCCGUUGCCAGCUCUUUCAACAACUCCGAUCGCCUCGAGGCAUUGGAGAUUGACGUCGGAUCCCUCAAGGACGGCGUGCAGUUACAGCAAAACGCCACGCAACAGUUGGAGCAGCGGAUCUGUACUGCCACCACUCACUCGAGAUUGGAAACGCGCGAGACAACUCCAAAGUUCGAUGAUCAGGAGAUCUUCUGCGAUUCGACGAAGAUGGACCCGAUUCCGUGGUUCCGUAAGUUCGAACUCAAGUUGCAGCUACACUACGUCAGCGAGCACAAGCAUCACACGUACUUAUACCCCCCCUCGGGGGGUGCGUGCCAAGCAUGGCUGGAUAAUCUUCUGUCCAAGUACAGAGUGGUGGCUGUCGACUUGCAUACCAAGAUCAGUUGGGAUGAUCUAAAGGCGUCGUGGCAUAACCGGUUCCAAGUAGAGCCGCCAGAGAUCAAGGCAAUGGACAAGCUGAUGGUCUUCGAACAAGGCACGCUGCCGAGUGUUGACUGGAUUGCUGAGUACCAACGCUUGACAUCCGCCCCAGACAUUCAAAUGGGCUUCAAAGCCAUCAAACACUAGUCCAUCUCGAGGUGGUUUCCGGCGUUGGGCAAUGCCUUGACUCACGUCAAGGACAACUUGACGACACUGGCGAAGCUCUUCCACAAGGCCGCGCAGUUUAUUAUCACAUACAAGGAGGCUAAGAACCUCCACCGUUCAUCUGCGACAGGCCCGAGCAUAGAUCAGCAUCGGCCAAAAGUGGCCGUGGUCGCAGCGGCAACGCCAAUCAAACAAACUAGUGAGG